AUGGUAAAUAAAAACGAGCUGGACUCGUUUGACAUUUUCAAAAAACAUGUCCAACUAUCUAAAACCAAAUUUGAAGAGACUCGUCGUUGUAAAUAUAAUGCAAAGCAACAACAACAACAACAGCCAUCUUCUAAUCAGCCAGACGAUGAGUACGCUGUCGCUCGUCCCACCAAGUUAUCAUCCAAGCAUAAGGUAACUAAAUCCAGUCUAUUCCGUAGUGCGGUAAAAAAUACCUCUACAAGCCAUACAAAAAGAAACCACGGCAAUUCCAAACCAUCUGCUAAUACUAUUCCUACUGUUGUUUCUUCUUCAGGACAACAAUCUCAUGCAAAUAACACUAACAAAAUCAUAAACACAUCUCAUUCAUCUCAUUCAUCUCAUUCAUCUUCCCCAGAAUCAGAUCAAGACAAUGCAAAUCUUAAUGUCCUUGACGAAACUCAUAGACGUGCAUAUACUGCACUACGCAAUAAAACACGAGAAUACCAUGUGGCAAAGCAAAACGCGUCUGAAAAUGCCUCCUAUUCUCUACUACUUCCGGACCCUGACAGAUUGGUAGAAAUUGAAGAUGAAUUUGGACGUACAAGAACUGUUAAGGCUAGUGAACAACACUUGUAUCAAAUCCCAACUAGUACAAAAAACAAAACACAAGCCAACCAUUCCUCUCAUUAUCAUUUCUAUGGAAGAGAUGAGGGACAAGCUUUGAUUCACUUUUCAGAUACUGUUACUGAUAAUAAUAAUAAUAUUAAUAAUAGUGUUUCACAUAAACAGCGUUCUCUGAUUCACGGUGACUUUUUACAAACCUCCAUGUUUAAACUCGAUGAGGCUCGUGCAGCCCAGAUCCGCCAACGUGAAACCACUCCGCCACCUCCAGUACAUUAUGACCCUGAAUGGGAACACGCCCGAACUCGUGGAACAGGCUAUUACAAGCUAGAUGCCCAUGAUGAAGCCCGUCGUGAAAGCCAGUUGACCGAUUUGAAUACAGAGCGGAAAAAAACCAAAGCUGCACAUAAUAAUAAUAAUAAUAAUAAUAACAACAAUAACAAUAACAAUGAUGAAGAUGAAAACUCAAACUCAUAUCAUGAGGAGAAAAAAAGAAGGUUGGAAUAUAGGGACCGGGUUGCAGAAAGACGUGCGCGUAUUGCGAAACUUAGAGAAAAUCAUGUUUCAAAAAUGCAGCAGUUUGUACGCUCCAAAGAUGAUUUAUAA